AGUUCAAACUGCGUAUGAAACAAAUGCAGAACAUUAUCAUACUAUUAUGCGUAUCAUGCCUCCUAGCUCCAAUACUUGUGGAGACGACAGCCGAUGUGGAACCGAAGGGAAUGGUCAUGCAGUAUCGACAGCGUCUUCCUAGAUCGUUGGGGGGGUUCAUCGCUUCCGCAGCUCUCAACGCAACCGCUCCAAAAGUCGUGCAUAAGGCAAAUAGGGUGAAGAAGAGAUUACCGUGAAGCGAGGUAACAGCAGGCAUGGAUGGGCUGUGGCGAGAUGUAGCAGGACAUGGGCCUCAACUACAAGCAUAUCUAAUAAUUCCCUUCCUGGUUAAGCAUAUUUAGUUAUAUAUUUUUUUAUGAUAGUCUUUAUUGAGAUAUAUUACAAUCUGUGACAUUCAAGGACUAUAUAGUAAUAGUGUUUAAUUAUAUUAUUAAGAAAAAAUUGCAUGUCAUUUAAUAUCCUC